UUCAGUUUUUCUUGAAAAAUCGAAGGUGAAGGAACAACGUAAUUGUGAAUUUGUACUCGUGUAUUUCAUUCAAAGUGCUUGUAUCGUGGCUGUGAAUUACCCUUAUUGGAAUUCAAUUUCUUUAAUCAGCUGUAGUAUUUGAAAAUCGUGACAUUGCAUGCUCAAAAUGCGGUGGAGUAUCUUAGCGUUGGCCUGCGUGGUCGUGGCGGUUUACGCCGACGAGAAGAAGGAUAAAGAAAAGGAGAUCGGCACAGUCAUCGGUAUCGACUUGGGUACCACUUACUCAUGUGUGGGUGUGUACAAGAACGGCCGUGUGGAAAUCAUUGCUAACGACCAGGGUAACCGUAUCACUCCCUCGUAUGUAGCAUUCACCGCUGAUGGCGAGCGUCUUAUUGGUGACGCCGCCAAGAACCAGCUGACCACCAACCCUGAAAACACAGUCUUUGAUGCCAAGCGUCUCAUUGGUCGUGAAUGGAGUGACUCCACUGUCCAGCAUGAUGUUAAAUUCUUCCCCUUCAAGGUGGUUGAAAAGAACAGCAAACCCCAUGUUUCGGUCAUGACUUCUCAGGGUGACAAAAUCUUUGCUCCUGAAGAAAUCUCCGCUAUGGUCCUCACCAAGAUGAAGGAAACUGCUGAGGCUUACCUCGGCAAGAAAGUGACUCACGCCGUCGUAACUGUCCCCGCCUACUUCAACGACGCUCAGCGUCAAGCCACCAAGGACGCCGGUGCCAUCGCUGGUCUCCAGGUGAUGAGAAUCAUCAACGAGCCUACCGCCGCUGCCAUCGCUUACGGUCUUGACAAGAAAGAGGGCGAGAAGAACGUACUUGUAUUCGAUUUGGGUGGUGGUACUUUCGACGUGUCUCUGCUCACCAUCGACAAUGGAGUCUUUGAAGUAGUGGCCACCAAUGGUGACACCCACUUGGGUGGUGAGGACUUCGACCAGAGGGUCAUGGAGCACUUCAUCAAACUGUACAAGAAGAAGAAGGGCAAGGACAUCAGGAAAGACAACCGUGCCGUACAGAAACUGCGUCGUGAAGUUGAGAAGGCUAAGAGGGCUCUUUCCUCCAGUCACCAAGUCAAGAUCGAAAUUGAAUCCUUCUUCGAAGGUGAAGACUUCGCCGAAACCCUCACCAGGGCUAAGUUCGAAGAAUUGAACAUGGAUCUUUUCAGAUCUACCCUCAAGCCUGUACAAAAGGUCUUGGAAGAUGCUGACAUGAACAAAAAGGAUGUUGAUGAGAUUGUACUGGUUGGUGGUUCUACUCGUAUCCCCAAGGUUCAGCAAUUAGUCAAGGAAUUCUUCAACGGCAAGGAGCCUUCCCGAGGCAUCAACCCCGACGAAGCUGUCGCUUACGGUGCCGCCGUACAAGCUGGCGUGCUCAGCGGAGAACAAGACACUGACGCUAUCGUGCUCCUCGACGUCAACCCUCUCACCAUGGGUAUCGAGACUGUCGGAGGUGUCAUGACCAAGCUCAUCCCCCGUAACACUGUCAUCCCUACUAAGAAGUCACAGAUCUUCUCUACUGCUAGCGACAACCAACACACUGUUACAAUCCAGGUGUAUGAAGGUGAACGUCCUAUGACCAAGGACAACCACUUACUCGGAAAGUUUGAUCUUACUGGCAUUCCUCCAGCGCCACGUGGUAUUCCUCAAAUCGAGGUCACCUUCGAAAUUGAUGCUAACGGUAUUCUGCAAGUAUCGGCCGAAGACAAAGGAACAGGAAACCGCGAAAAGAUUGUCAUCACUAACGACCAGAACAGGCUGACACCUGAGGAUAUCGAGAGAAUGAUCAAGGACGCUGAAAAGUUCGCCGAUGAGGACAAGAGGCUCAAGGAGCGCGUUGAGUCCAGGAACGAGCUGGAGAGCUAUGCUUACUCCAUCAAGAACCAGCUCCAGGACAAAGAAAAACUUGGUGCCAAGUUGAGCGAUGACGAAAAGACUAAGAUGGAAGAGGCUAUUGAUGCUGCCAUCAAAUGGUUAGAAGACAACCAAGAUGUUGACUCAGAAGAGUACAAGAAACAGAAGAAAUCACUUGAAGAUGUGGUUCAGCCCAUCAUUGCCAAGCUCUACCAAGGCCAGGGAGGCGUACCUCCGCCCGGCGCCGGAGGAGAAGAAGAAGACUUCAAAGACGAGUUGUAACCUAACAGACUUUAAUACGUGAUCAUAACCAUAUGUGAUCCCGAGUCGCAGACUGUACACUGUGUGAGUAUCUUACUCUGCAUAGUACACAGUCUGUGACGGAACACGGAUGUGGAGUGUUUAUGCUCGUGUUGUGUAUAUUUAUUGUAUGCCUGUCUGAUGUAUGAGUGUCGCGUGUGUGUGGCGUGUGCGGCGGGCGGCCUGCCGUCACGGAGCCGAGAUCUGAUCGAGUUUCUGCCGUUGCGCAUGCGCGUCUGACUGGUGCGUGAACUUAAUUGUAAAAAUUGAUGCAUUUUUAUUUUUAGUGAAAGCAAUAGUUUGCGUGUGAAAUGCGAGAGGCCUGUUUCCAUGACUUUUCGUUUAUCGAUUCAUCUGCUGCUAGCGGCUGAUGAUCCGAUACUGAGUCUCAUCACAUCCUAGAGACUACCUCAGUGUUCUUAACUGUAUGUAUGUAAUUAUUUUGAGACUGCAGAAUUGUUAGUUCAUAAUUAGCA